CAACUGCCGGUUCUCGGCAGUACUUUCCUCACGAUCUGACAGCGUGAGGAAAGUGCCGCCGAGAAUCGGCACUUGUAUUUCCCUCUGAUCAGUGUGUCAUUGGACACCGCUGAUCACAGAACAGAUCAGUGCCCUGAUGAUCAGUGUCCAGCAGUGCAACCCACCUGUGCUCAGCAGUGCACCCACCUGUGCCCAGCAGUGUCUAGCACCCACACACCUGUGCCCAGCAAUGCGAUCCAUCAGUACCGCCUAUCAGUGCCCAUCAUUGUUUCAUAUCAGUGCAGCAUCAGUGCCACCUAUCAGUGCAGCAUCAUCAGUGCUGCCUAUCAGUGCCCAUCAAUGCUGCCUAUCCGUGCCACCUCAUCAGUGCUGCCUAUCAGUGCAGCCUCAUCAAUGCACAUCA